AUGAUUUCGAGAGCUUCUAGGAUUUCCAAGAGGUGCAUUUCCAUUUCAUUAAACAGCGAGGUCAAACUACCAUUUGUUCCGCUAGUCAGUGAGACUGGGUUUCCAGGCGCAAUUGGAAACACACCUUUGCUUCGAUUACCAAGAAUCUCAGAUUCUGUUGGCAGAAACAUCUAUGCCAAGGCCGAGUUUAUGAACCCUGGAGGUUCUAUCAAGGACCGUGCAGCUCUUUACGUCAUUAAGGAUGCCGAAGAAAAGGGCUUGAUCAAACCAGGUGGAACGGUUGUCGAAGGAACAGCAGGCAACACGGGUAUUGGCUUGGCCCACGUUUGCCGUGCAAAAGGAUACAAAUGUGUCAUUUAUAUGCCCAACACACAAUCAAAGACAAAGAUCGAAACACUUAGAUUGUUGGGUGCUGAGGUCUACCCCGUGCCCGCAGUUGCAUUUACUGAUCCUCAAAACUAUAAUCACCAAGCAAAGAGACACGCAGAGAGUCUAGACAAUGCAGUAUGGACCAACCAAUUCGAUAAUACCGCCAACCGUCAAGCACAUAUUGAAACCACUGGUCCUGAAAUCUGGGCACAGUUGGACGGUAAAGUGGAUGCGUUUACCUGCUCUACGGGUACUGGUGGUACAUUUGCCGGAAUAACACGCUACUUGAAAGACAUCAGCAACGGCAAAACCAAAGCUGUGCUCGCAGACCCACCAGGGUCCGUUCUUUACUCCUACAUCAAGUCUAACGGAAAAGAGAUGGAGAGAGGCGGCUCCUCAUUCACCGAAGGUAUCGGCCAGGGAAGAGUCACCGAUAACUUGAAACCCGAUAUCGAGUUGAUUGACGAUGCAGUGAAGAUCCCUGACGAGGACUCCAUCACCAUGAUAUAUAGAUUAUUGGACGAAGAAGGAUUGUACUUGGGAGGAACUGGUGCAUUGAACGUUGUGGCUGCCGUGGAAGUGGCCAAGACUUUACCGGAAGGAAGCAACGUCGUCACCAUUUUGGCAGACUCUGCACACAAAUACAGUGACAGAAUCUUUUCCAAAACAUGGUUGAAAAACAAGGGAUUAUACGACUGUAUCCCAGACCAUUUGAAGAAGUACGCUGUGUUGGACUAA